CAAAAAUCAAACUUGUUAAACUUGGGAAGUCACCACCUUCCCCAUACUCUCUCUUUGCUUUGCAACAAAACAAACUUCUCCCCUCCACUCUCUUCCUCACAUCUCCUUCCAUUCCCUCCCUUCCCCUUCCCCUCUCUUUCUGGCAAAUACCAAAUCCCAAUUCCAAUUUAACGCUAUAUAAAUUCAAAUCCCAAUUGAAAUCCAGAACAGUAAUUCUACAAACAAGGGAAGAAGAAGGGGAAAAGAAAGGGGAAGAAAGAAAAGAGAAAGAGAACCUAAAGGGGGAGAAGAGCCUUAGCUGCUCACCCUCUCUUUUUAUUUUCAUGUUGUUGUUCAGAUCUUGAGAUUCUCUCUCAAAUCUUCUGUUAUCUGGGUUCUCUUUCUCUUUGAUCAAUCAAUCAUUUUUUUUCUUUCAUUCAUUUCUGUUCUUCUGGGUUCUUCUUCCCCAUCCACAAGAAAGAAAGGGUAGACAUUAAAAGAGAGAUACAGCUUGCUCCUUUUUGAGUAAAUUGAUAUCUGGGUUUUUGGAUCUUAUUAGUUAUUAGACAUUUCUUCGUCGAAGAUUUUGUCUUCCGUUCAUUUGGAUUGCUGCUGGGGAGCGAUCGGUUUCCUUUUGGCCUCUCCAUACUUUCGAUCAAUCGGUUAAGAGUUCCGAAAGCCUUUUUGGAUUGAAUACGAGCGUACCCACUUGAUAUAUAGAGACAUCCGAGUGAGCUUUUUUGUUGCUUGAUUUCUGCGGCAAGGAGGAUUUUGGAAAUGGAGCAGGGAAAGCUUUUCAUUGGUGGGAUUUCAUGGGACACGAAUGAAGACCGUCUUAGAGAGUAUUUCCAGGCAUUUGGAGAUGUUGUGGAAGCUGUGAUUAUGAAGGAUCGGUCCACCGGUCGGGCCCGUGGUUUCGGAUUUGUUGUCUUUGCUGAUCCUGCUGUGGCUGAGCGAGUUGUGAUGCAGAAGCACCUCAUUGAUGGCAGGAAUGUUGAGGCGAAGAAAGCGUUGCCCAGGGAUGAUCAGAACAAUCUGAACAGAAUUAGCAACAACAUCAGCAUUCAGAGGUCGCCUGGUCCAACUCGGACAAAAAAAAUAUUUGUAGGGGGCUUAGCAUCAACGGUGACAGAGACCGACUUCAAGAAUUACUUUGAUCAGUUCGGAACAAUCACCGAUGUUGUUGUCAUGUACGACCACAACACUCAAAGGCCGAGAGGUUUCGGGUUCAUCACCUUCGAUACAGAGGAAGCUGUGGAUAAAGUGUUGUACAAGACAUUCCAUGAACUCAAUGGGAAGAUGGUUGAGGUGAAACGCGCUGUUCCAAAGGAACUAUCUUCUCCUGGUUCGACCAGGUCGCCAAACCAGUUUGCCGGAUAUAACUACGGCAUUACUAGAGUCAAUAGUUUUCUCAAUGGAUACAGCUCUCAGGUAAACAAUCCAACUUCUGUCGGACUUCGAAUGGAUGGAAGGUUCAGUCCGGUCACUGGAACUCGUAGCAGCUUCUCCCCAUUUAGUGCUGGGUAUGGUUCAGGACUAAAUGUCGAGCAGGGUCUGAGUCCGAGUUACGGUAGUAACUCGAACUUUGGGUCAAACGCUGGGUUUGGCUGGUUGAGUCCCUUGUACAAUGGCAAUUCGAGCAGGUAUGGGAACCCCAUUGGUUAUGGAGGAGGAAGCAAUUCAAGCUUGAACUCCGUUUCUCGUACUGUGUGGAGCAACGAUGGUGUUCCUCAAAGUGCAAACUCCAAUGGCGGAGGUUGGAACUCAGGACUCGGUUCCUUUUCUGGAGCUCUUUGGGAUUCUUCGGUUAAUACAGGGCCAGGUGGUGGUGUAGGACCCACAUAUAACAAUGGCAAUGGAGGAGAAUUUAGUGCAGGCCUAGGAGCAGGAGGAUAUGGAAGAAAUGGUGGGGCGAGUUUUGCACCCGUUGUGUCUCGUGCUGCUGCUGCUGCAAAUGGUGGUUAUGAUAAGGCGGGUUUUGCUGACCUUUAUGAGAAUGGUUCGCUCUAUGGAGAUUCUUCCUGGAGAUCCACGUCUUCCGAGAUGUUUGAUUUCAGCAUUGGAAAUACAGCUUCGGGUGUUUUUACUAAGAACCCUGCAGCAUAUGGUGGUGGGUAUGGCAUUACUGAUAGACAAUCAGAUAGGGGAAUUGCUGCUUAG